AUGGGCGCAAGCAUGGAGUCUAAACCCUCCGUCUCUGUCAACAAAGGCGCUGGGUAUCGCGAUGCUGGACAUGAGCAGGUUACCUCUAUUCUGCCUGAUGGUGAUGUGCCAUUUACGGAUCAUGAUAUGGAUGCGGAUGAGAGAGUCAUUACGGCACUUGGUUAUAAGCAGGAGUUCAAGCGCGAGUUCUCGCUGUGGACGACUUUCUGUGUUAGUUUUGCUGUUCUGGGACUGUUGCCUUCUUUUGCGAGUACCCUUUAUUAUGGUAUGGGAUAUGCCGGAACAGCAGGUAUGGUCUGGGGUUGGAUAAUCGCCAUGAUCUUCAUCCAAUGCAUUGCAAUGUCGAUGGCGGAGCUUUGCUCAGCUAUGCCUACAAGCGGCGGCCUCUACUACGCAGCAGCAGUCCUUGCACCACCAGGCUACGGCCCCUUUGCAGCCUGGAUAACAGGCUGGUCAAACUGGAUCGGCCAAAUAACAGCAGCCCCAUCGGUGAACUACUCGCUAAGCGCAAUGAUCCUAGCAGCAGUCUCAAUUCACAACCCAUCCUACACCCCAACAACCUGGCAAACCUUCCUCCUAACAACGCUCAUAAUGAUAGUCCACGCGGGAAUAAGCAGCAUGCCAACAAAACGCGUCGCGCAAUUCAACUCCUGGGGCUCAACCUUCAAUUUCCUAGCCCUAAUAGCCGUCCUCAUCCUCAUCCCAGCAAACACCAAAAACGUCCCCAAAUUCACCCCCUCCCACGAAGUCUGGUCGCACAUCACCAACCUAACAGAUUUCCCCGACGGCGUCGCAGUGCUAAUGACCUUCGUCGGUGUCAUCUGGACAAUGUCCGGCUACGACUCGCCCUUCCACCUGAGCGAGGAAUGCUCGAACGCGAAUAUCGCUUCGCCGCGCGCGAUUGUGCUGACGUCCGGCGUGGGCGGGCUGUUGGGCUGGUUCCUGCAGCUCGUCGUUGCGUACACGGUUCUGGAUGUCGAGGCCGUUAUCGAUUCCGAUCUUGGUCAGCCGUGGGCGUCGUACCUGCUGCAAGUUAUGCCGGCCAACACGGCUAUGGCUAUUCUGGCUUUGACCAUUGUUUGUGGAUUCAGUAUGGGGCAGGGGUGUAUGGUUGCUGCAUCGAGGGUUACAUAUGCCUAUGCUCGUGACGAUUGUUUUCCUUUUUCGAGGUAUUGGAAGGUUGUUAAUGGGUAUACGCAGACGCCUGUAAAUGCGGUCAUUUUGAAUGCUGUGUUGGGGAUUUUGAUGUGUCUGCUCAUUCUGGCCGGGGAGGUUGCUAUUGGGGCUUUGUUUUCUAUUGGGGCUAUUGCGCAAUUCUUUGCUUUUGCUGUGCCGAUUUGUAUUCGGGUUUUCUUCGUGGGCAAUCGGUUUAGGAGGGGGCCAUGGCAUUUGGGUCCGUUUGGGCCUUGGGUUGGUGGUAUUGGUGUUUCUUUUGUUUUGCUUAUGGUGCCGAUAUUGUGUUUGCCUAGUGUUACCGGCAGUGAUUUGACCCCGGAUCUGAUGAAUUGGACUUGUCUUGUGUGGGGGGCGCCUAUGUUGGCUGUUUCGGUCUGGUGGGUUGUUGAUGCAAGGAAGUGGUUUACUGGGCCGGUUGUUAAUGUUGAGCAUGCUAUUCAUGCGAUUGAGCAGGAGCCUGUUGUUAGUGAGGGGAUUGAGCCUGUUUCUCUGGAGACGGAGACUAGUGGUCUCCCGCGCAAGUCGGAUGAUCCUGAUAAUCCUCUGUGA